UGCCAAACGCUUUUGUUGAUUUUUAUAUUAUAACUUUUAAUUAAUAUAAAUUAGCAAAUUGUUUGACCUUUCUAAAGUGAAGUUCAAGAAGUGAAAGUGUAUAAAUAGCUGUUCUGGUUUAAAUUAACCACGACACAUCAUCAAAUGAUAGAGUGGUUUUAUGAUCUUGGUUUUUUUCUUAAAUUUCUUAGAAUAAAUUCUUGUUUAUUUUUUUAUUUUAACAAUGCUGUGAUAUUUAAUUUAUUCUUAAGUAGAUAAUAUAUAAAAUGGCCUCCAGGACUACAUCAAUAACGACUUUCAUAGUUGUUGUUGUAGCUCUUAUAUUUGUCGAUGUUUUUUGCGCAGACGUUACAAAUACUCAACAAACAAACCCAUGGAAAAUAAAUCAAAAUCCAGGCCAAAAAGCAGAUCCUUUACCUGGAAAUGUAAAAAGUACCACUCCUUGGCCUGCUCUAGGGCAAAGAUGGACCGAAAGAACGACUAGUCCUAAUAUUAGGAGCCCAGCGACGACACAGGGCCCCAAAAAAUGGAUCCAACAAAACAAUCUAUGGAUAAGGAACGAACAGGUGGCUUCAGGUGGAUUUCCAUCAGCUGUAACAGGACAAGGGAGUGUAAAUAAUAAUAAUAAGCCGAAUUUAGCACCUAACUUACCAAAUUUCGGUACAAGUACUACAAAAAAACCUGUAAGUAAUAGUCAAACGUCAAACGGUAAGCCGGUAGGCUCAUAUGCUGCAGCCAUAGCAGAUAAAACAAUGUCCACUACCUCUGUACCUCUUAAAACGUCUACAAAAGGUUUUUCUCCUGUAACGGGAGCAGACAACAAAAACUUACUUUCCACAGGGUCCAAUAAUGAAGAUUUAGUAGGCAACAAACAGGCGGAAGAUUCCUCUUCAGAUACAUCAGGAAUCUCAGAUAACGAGCUCAGAGAAUUCUCGGAAAUGUUGAUCAGGAAGGAUACUAACAAUGCCAUGAAGUAUGUUACUUUAAAUCUGCAAGGGAAGACCACAUCAAGGUCCACAAACGAUGAAGCCCCAGAACCGUUGUUGAAAAUUGAUAGUGCAGCUUUCCAGAUUCCUUCAGUAGAAAAACUGAGGCUGUUGUAUAACAAUUAUUUGUUGGAAGCAAGUGAAAAUGAGGUUUAUACACCUCAGGAACGCAUCGAAGAGAAUAAUCUUCUAGAUGCUGUCCUGGCAACACCUGUAAUGCAGUUUGCACGUAGUUUUUUAAUACAGAAAGGUAAAAUAGGUAAAGACCCUAGAGAAUUCAAAGACUUACUCAGGCUGAUCUGGUUCAACAUGUACUCGAGAGGCAGAGGCAGGAUAGGCUCGAGCGGAUUCGAACAUGUUUUCUUGGCCGAAAUCAAGAACAACCAAGUCUCCGGACUACACAACUGGCUGUAUUUUGGCGAGGAAGAACGCCAAAACCACGCAAACUACUUGGGAUAUAUGAGAAAAAUAGACUUGGGAGAGAACAAAGGUGCUAUAGUAAAGUACCAUUUUCGAUUCAAUGAUAUUGACAAACCUGUGGGUUCUAUGUUCGUGGGUACCAGUCCUGAGCUUGAAAUGGCUGUUUACUCGACGUGUUUUAUUCUAAGACCUGAUAAGCCUUGUCCAUUGAAAAUGGGAGGCAAUAGGUUUGUUGUCCGGACUUACACCUACAGAUACAGGAGCAAAAAUAUGAUUGGCAGCGCAUUCCCUGAAAUAUAAUAUAGUUUCUCAGGGAUUAAAUCAAGUUUUAUCUGCAAUGUGUCAUUUAAUACAAGUUAUUUUAUUCUAUUUUAUAUGUAAACCAUGAUAUCUUUAGGCUUUUCUAGUUAAGUAAGAUUUUAAAUAAGGUUGUAAUAUACCAGGAGAAAUUAAAUAAAUAAAACCUAAAAA